AUGGCAUCAAACACCGACUCUCUAGAGGAUUCUCUAAGGACCCUCCGUGAGGAGGGGUUCCUAAUUUUAAAUGAUUCACAAGUCGGAGACCUCGUCUCAGAGAUGGAGGACAGGGGCUUCCCAUUUUUGACGUCGUAUGGUCUCCACUACUGCAAACAACAUAUCCUGGACAACGAGAAUGUCCGGCCGAUUCUCGAAGGCCUCCUCGGCACUUGCAAGCUUGGACAUUGGAUAAGAUAUAACUCCCUCCCCGACCGUAUCGAGUGCUUUAGGAAGGGUGGCAGGCGGGCAGGUCUGCGGGCUCUCGUCGUUCAGCAGUGGGCGAAGGGGUCGCAAGCGGUCUACUACGCUGGUUCACACCUCCACGACUUGCCUGCGGUGCCAGGGGAGCGGUCCUUAUACGAAACGGAGGAGGAGGAGUUGGAAAAAGCUGGCUGUAAGGCGAUUGAGAAGAUAUUUCGAGAUGGAGAGCUGUGA